AUGGUAUGUACUCGAUCUGCAUCGAAGCAUGAAGAUGGUUCCUCGUCAGAGGCUGUAUCAGAGACAGUAACCGCAAAGGGUACUGGUUUCUCAUCGUCACGAAAAUCGACUUCGUCGCGUCCACGUCGUACGCAGUCCGAAUCUUUGAAUUUGGAUGCAAGUCACCGCAGUAAAGACUCCGCCGAUGGAUUGGAAGGGGAAAGCGUUGGGACAGUCCAGGUCGCAAACACACCAACGACAACUCAAAGUAGAAGACCUAGAAGAAAGGUGAAUUCCGUAAUUUAUGUUCCUCAUAAGUCCGCAGCAAUUUAUGGAUAG